CCGCCCGCUGCGGGCUGAGGCGGCGGGGCCGGCCCGGGCGGUGGCGGCAGCGGAGACCGAGACCGAGACCGAGACCGGCCCCACCUGAGGGGCCUCCGCCUGCAAACCCCACCCCCGGCCGCUCCCCCGCCGGCCAGGCCCGGCCCAUGGCGAGGUUCUCGGCGGGCAGCGCGGCGGGAGCUGCUUCCUGCCCGAGCCAGACGGGCCCGCAGGUAGCGGCGGCCGCGCCAUGCGCGACUACGAGGAGGUGACCGCCUUCUUGGGCGAGUGGGGCCGCUUCCAGCGGCUCGUCUUCUUCCUCCUCAGCGCCAGCAUCGUCCCCAACGGCUUCAACGGCCUCUCCAUCGUGUUCCUGGCCGGCACCCCCGAGCACCGGUGCGCCGUGCCCCGCGGGGCCAACCUGAGCGGCGAGUGGCGGAACGCCAGCAUCCCGCUGGAGCUGCGGGGCGGGCGGGCGGUGCCGAGCCGCUGCCGCCGCUACCGCCUGGCCGCGCUCGCCAACUUCUCGGCGCUGGGGCUGCGGCCCGGCUCCGACGUGGAGCUGGGGUCGCUGGAGGAGGAGCCGUGCCUGGACGGCUGGGAGUACAGCCGCGACGUCUACCGCUCCACCAUCGUCAGCGAGUGGGAUCUCGUAUGUGACGAUGACUGGAAGGGACCCCUGAGCACCUCCCUGUUCUUUGUGGGCGUCCUGCUUGGAUCUUUCAUAUCAGGACAGCUGUCAGACAAGUUUGGCAGGAAGAAUGUGCUGUUUGCAACUCUGGCAAUGCAGACGGGCUUCAGCUUCAUACAGAUCUUCUCUACCAGCUGGGAGAUGUUUUCAGUGUUCUUUAUGCUGGUCGGCAUGGGACAGAUAUCUAACUAUGUGGCAGCAUUUGUUCUUGGCACAGAAAUUCUUGGCAAAUCAAUUCGUGUGGUGUUCUGCACGCUAGGCGUUUGCAUAUUUUAUGCAUUUGGCUACAUGUUGCUGCCACUGUUUGCUUACUUCAUCAGAGACUGGCGGACGCUGCUGCUGGCGCUUACUUUACCUGGGCUGCUCUGCAUCCCGCUCUGGUGGGUCAUUCCAGAAUCUCCACGGUGGCUGAUCUCCCAAGGAAGAUUUCAAGAGGCAGAAGACAUCAUCCGAAAGGCUGCAAAAAUUAAUGGCGUUACAGCCCCAGAUGUAAUACUUGACCCUAGUGAGCUGCAAGAUUUGAAUUCCCAGAAGCAACAGACCUACACCAUUUUGGAUCUAAUGAAAACCCGAAAUAUCCUAACUAUCACAAUUAUGUCAGUGAUUCUUUGGAUGAUAAUCUCUGUUGGUUAUUUUGGACUUUCUCUUGACACACCUAACUUGCAUGGAGAUGUCUAUGUGAACUGCUUCCUCUCAGCAGUGAUCGAAGUUCCAGCCUACAUUAUUUCCUGGCUACUGCUUCGAAAUCUCCCUCGACGGUAUUCAAUGGCUGCUGCGUUACUCUUGGGAGGCUGUGUUCUUCUCUUCAUUCAGCUGGUGCCUUCACAUAUUCGUGCACUAUCUAUUCUACUGGUGAUGUUAGGGAAGUUUGGGAUCACAUCUGCCUUUUCAAUGGUUUAUGUUUACACGGCUGAGCUCUACCCAACAGUAGUGAGAAACAUGGGAGUUGGAGCAAGCUCCAUGGCCUCUAGACUGGGCAGCAUCCUCUCGCCUUACUUCGUUUACCUCGGUGCCUAUGAUCGAUUCCUGCCUUACAUCCUGAUGGGGAGCCUGACUGUGCUAUCAGGAAUUCUGACUUUAUUUCUGCCAGAAAGCUAUGGUAUGCCUCUUCCGGACACCAUUGAGCAAAUGCUGAUGGUGAAAGUAUUAGAAUUCAGGCCUGCAUCUAGUAGCACAAGGGAUUCCAAGGAGGAAGAAGAAAAUCCAGAGAUUUUUAAAAGCACGGCUUUUUGAUGGAGCUCCUGCAUACUUCCUAGUGGACUGAAAGUUAAAUGGACUUUUCUUCUAAUAUUUGUUCUAGAAAGGGCUAGUGGCAACACUUUGUUUCCUGUAAUUUUAACCUUAUUUAUUAAUUUAAACACUGUGUUCCAUACAUUCUCUUUUUAUAUGAACAUAAAUACUGUAGAGCCUUCAGUGAGAUUUCUCAGCCCCAGUUGUUUCAAUGCAGUAAUACCAUGGAACAGUAUCCGAUCAAUCCUUUGUAACUUUAAGUGUAUAGUUCAGCUGAAAGAUACUUGAAAAUGAGUUCAAGGGCUGGCAGGGUACCUGGAUUCUUCGGUGAACCUUCUCCAGAGUUAAUGCACAUCAGGAAGUACAAAUUGCCAGAAAGAGCUGCUAAUUGGUUUUGAUUCCUUGACUUCUGUCUCUGGACAGGAAGCUUACGUAUUGUAGCAAAGGUUAUGAGAACAUGCCUCUGUGAUCUUACUCAAGCAACUUUGCAUGUGCUGAUUUUGGUUACAAAUUCAAAAAGGUGCAAAGAAAGAUUUUUGAGAAUUAAUUCUAACUUGGUAUGUUUUAACUCGACAUAGAUUGAAAGGGUUGUCUUGCACAAUGUAUUUGUAGCACUGAAAUUUUGCUCACCAAAUUCACUUGAUUCCAGUGCUGGUUUUCAACUGUCCCUGUAUGGUCAAGUUGUUUACAUCUGACCCUGAAUGUGGCCUGCUUGCAGGUUGUAUUUAUUUUAAGUAAUGCAAAAAGGUUCAUCUGUGUGUGGAGGGAACGGUGUUAGUUUGGGGUUCUUCCCUUUUGAUGUGUGGUGGAAGUUUUAUGUCUGAGUUGUUUUAACGUUUUCUGCACAAUCUGGAUGACAGAAGCAAUUCUCCUUUGUUCUGUGCUUUUCACACACGUGCACAUACACACGCACACAAUGAAUAUAUUUAGAGAUAAAUUAUUGUGUUAAUCUAUGCCGCUACAUUGACCUCAUGGUGGAACGUACUGAGAACAAAAUUCAGAAUAUAUUUCUGACCCCUGAUUCUAGAUUCUCAAGUGCCAACUGUAUGAUUUUUGUGAGGUCUGUUUUUUCAUUUAACUCGUGUAAGCAGUGAAUUGUUUUCAUAUUGUUUUUAAAAAAACAAACAAAAAACAAAACAAAACAAAAAAAAAAACCUCCCACAAAUCUUGUUGACAGUCUGCCUAGAAAUUUUUCCUUGGGUCGUGGAAGCACGCUUGGCAUUACCUGUGUUUCUUUAAAUAGAUACAGUGUAUACAUACA